AUGAAUUGGGAUGAUUCUGCCUGUAGAGAGGAAUUUGACAAUGCAAAAAAGAGGUUUUGGGCAUCGAUGAAUGACCUUCCUUGUGACAUACCUCUGCCUGAUCCUAACAUUUACAUUGAUGAUAUAGAUUGGAAUUCAAUUGUUGACCCUGAGUUUGUUCUAGACUUGGAAAAAGAUGGCAAAAAUCCUAUUGAGGAACAACAAGGUGAGAAGGUUUUGAUUCCGGGUGGUUUUACCCUUUUAAACCAAUCAUGUUCCGGUAGUGGAUGGGGGAUAGGUGAAGCUCAUAUGCCAAAAUACAUUGAAUGUGUUUCUAGUGCUCAAGUUAACCGACAUCAGAACAACAUUGUAAAUCCUGGGACACAAUAUUAUACUCCUUAUUAUGCUCAUUAUCAUGCUACUAAAAAGCAUGCUUGGGGGUGGGAUCAGAGGGAGCACAACCGGAGAUACACCUACGAAAUGGGUAGAGGAGCUGGUUUGAAUAUGAAAACAAGGUAUGAAGAUAAUAGAGAGGAGGAAAAAAUAACAUGGCAUAAGGCCCCAGAAUAUCCUGAUAAAAUUAACUAUCAAAUCGGCAGCAAAAGGCAAAAUAAUGGAGGUGGGAGGGGAAAUUUUGCUUAUUACCAUCCUUUGGGGUGUAAUGCACCUAAUGCAUGA